CAAAGGUUUGACAUUUGAAAUUAAAAUGUCGUCCAUGAUUAUUACAUUUGUAAAGGCACGUGCAGCUGUUAGCAUAGAGUGGAAGUCUCCUGUCCCAGAAGUGAUGUAAUCCCCGUCUUUUCCGCUAGGUGGCAGUGUAGCAUCUUCAGCGCCUCAGAAGGGGCUGGUGGCGGCGCUGCACCGCCUUCAUUCAGACUGAAGGCACCGGGGAGAGAGUCGACUGCUUCGCUCUCUCUCGGCUCUAAUCUCGUUUGUGCCCGGCUCCGCCAUGGCGACCGCAAAAAGUCUCUACUCCGGUCCGAGCAGCACCUAAAAGUCACCUGGACCGUGUGACCCGUGUUCUUUGACCACCGCGGGACGCCCAUGUUACACUUUGAAUCCGCUGGGGGAAUCCAGAGGUGCGGAGUAAAAGCGACGCUUUUCUAGGAGAAAAAAAACGGGGUAGGAAGCGAGCGGCGCAGUGAACGAAACAUGGCAGACCCAGACUCGGAGCCGGUGAAGUCGAGAGCAGGGCACCGUCUGGGAGCCCCGGAGACUCUUGGCAUCAGUACGCUAGACCCGGCGCACAGACCCCCGGCCAUGCCCCCUGGACGGCACGUCACCGUCAGGGUCCAUAUGUUGGAUGACACAGAGGAGCUCUUUGACGUGUCGAUAAAAGCUGCAGGCAAGGUGCUCUUUGACCUGGUGUGCACCCACAUGAACCUCAUCGAGGGCGACUACUUUGGCCUGGAAUUUCAGAACCAUCAAAAGAUGAUGGUUUGGUUGGACCCCAUCAAGCCCAUCAUGAAGCAGCUUCGACGGCCGAAGCACACAACGUUGAGAUUUGCUGUCAAGUAUUUUCCUCCAGACCACGCCCAACUGUUGGAGGAGCUGACGAGGUACCUGUUUGCCCUCCAGAUCAAGCAGGAUCUUUCCAGCCGGCGUCUGACCUGCAACGACACCAGCGCCGCUCUGAUGGUCUCCCACAUCAUGCAGUCUGAGAUCGGAGACUUUGAGGAGAGCCAGUGCCGGUCACACCUCCUCAAUAAUAACUACAUUCCUGAUCAAAUGCCCUUGAUUGACAAGAUCAUGGAGUUCCACUCAAUGAAUAUAGGUCAAACACCCGCAGAAUCCGACUUCCAGUUGCUGGAGGUGGCACGCCGUUUGGAGAUGUACGGGAUUCGUCUCCACCCGGCCAAAGACCGUGAAGGGUCCCGUCUCAGCCUCGCUGUAGCACACACGGGUGUCCUGGUCUUUCAGGGACACACAAAGAUAAACUCCUUCAACUGGUCUAAAGUACGGAAACUGAGCUUCAAGAGGAAACGCUUCCUGAUCAAGCUGAGACCUGAUGUAAAUAGUUCUUAUCAAGACACACUGGAGUUCCUGAUGGCCAGCAGGGACUGCUGUAAGGUCUUCUGGAAGAUCUGCGUUGAAUACCACGCCUUCUUCCGCCUCUUUGAGGAACCCAAACCCAAACCCAAGCCCGUGUUGUUCACUCGCGGCUCCUCUUUCCGAUUCAGCGGUCGCACGCAGAAGCAGGUGAUUGAUUUUGUGAGGGAGGCGGAGUUUAAAAAGCUGCCGUUUGAAAGGAAACACAGUCGUGUGCAACACAACAGCCGCCUGUCGCCUUUGCCUUCUCCACGCGACCAUCAAGUGCCAAAAGAAAGUGGUUCCCUUGGGGACAGAGUCGACUCAGUUUCGCAGCGUCAUUGGAAGGAAUCGGUUUUGGUGAGUUCGCAGGAAAACUCCGAAGUCCCAGCGAGUCCCGCUCACCAGAACAAGCCCCGCCAAGACAGACCGCCGUCCAGAGACUCGACACGGCCGGAACAUCUGGCAACAGGAGCGCUGACAAACAGUCCCUACCUGUCGACGUCUCCCGGCCACUCAAACGGGCUGCUUAACGGCCGGGCGUCCCUGGAGGUGGGGAGCCACAGUCCUGACGUCCGACAGCCGUCCCCUCUCACCAGCCCGCUCCUCAACGACGCCUGCAGCAUUCGUACUGACGAUGAAGACGACGUUCGGAGGAAGAGGUUCCCCACAGACAGAGCCUACUUUAUCGCCAAGGAGCUGCUGACCACAGAGAGGACGUACGUCAAAGACCUGGAGGCAGUGACCGUGUCAUUCCAGAAUGCCGUCGGUCAAGACGAGGCCACUCCGGAAUCGCUGAAGAACACCAUUUUUUCCAUUUUUGAGCCGCUACACAAGUUCCACAUCGGAUUUCUCAGGGAGGUGGAGCAGAGGCUGGCUUUGUGGGAAGGGCGCUCCAACGCUCACAUCAAAGGAGACUACCAACGCAUUGGAGAUGUCCUGCUCAAGAACCUGCAAGGCCUGAAGCCUCUGACGACCAACUUGCACAAGCAGUGUGACGUCCUGACGGAGCUGGAGAAGGCGUGCAAGUCGUCCCGCAGGUUAGAAUCUCUCUGCAGGGACUUUGAGCUGCAGAAGGUUUGCUACGUGCCCCUCAACGUCUUCAUCCUGAGGCCGCUACACCGCCUGGUGCACUACAAGCACAUCCUAGAGCGUCUGUGCAAACACUACCCGGCCACGCAUGUCGACUUCAGGGACUGCAGAGCUGCCCUGGCUGAUGUCUCUGAGGUGGUGGAGCAGCUCCAAGGGAGCGUCAUGAAGAUGGAGAACUUCCAGAAGCUGUUGGAGCUGAAGAAGGAUUUGAUUGGCAUAGACAAUCUUGUUGUUCCUGGUCGGGAGUUCAUCAGGUUUGGUUGCCUUAGCAAACUGUCUGGAAAGGGUCUACAGCAACGAAUGUUUUUCUUGUUCAACGACGUUAUUUUGUACAGCAGUCGAGGGAUGACAGCCACCAAUCAGUUCAAAGUUCACGGCCACCUUCCUCUCCAUGGCAUGACAAUCCGAGAGAGUGAAGAUGAGUGGGGUGUUCCUCACGCCUUCACCUUGGUCAGCCAGCGGCAGUCGGUGGUGGUGGCGGCGAGUUGUUUGUCAGAGAUGGAGAAGUGGAUGGAGGACUUGGAGAUGGCCAUAGAAAGGACCAAGACCAGCAACGGGCCUUCAUCUGACCUGCUGGGCUGCAGUCUGACGGACAACAAAUUCCCCGGAGAGUGUGUAACGGAGGCGGAGUCCGAGGAUGACAUGACUGCGUCCCGCAGCUCGCUGGAGAGGGCGGCCCCCCAGCGCGGUAACACUAUGGUGCACGUGUGCUGGCACAGGAACACCAGCGUGUCCAUGGUGGAUUUUAACGUAGCUGUGGAGAAUCAGCUGUCGGGGAACUUACUGCGCAAGUUCAAGAACAGCAACGGCUGGCAGAAGCUGUGGGUGGUCUUCACCAACUUCAGUCUGUUUUUCUACAAGUCGCACCAGGAUGAUUACCCUCUGGCCAGCCUUCCACUGCUGGGUUACUCCGUCACCAUUCCCUCCGAGUCUGAGAACAUCCACAAGGACUACGUCUUUAAGCUGCAUUUCAAGUCCCAUGUCUACUACUUCCGUUCGGAGAGUGAAUACACUUUUGAAAGGUGGAUGGAGGUGAUCAGCAGUGCUACGGCCCCUUCCAGUCGGGUCCAGAACUGCAAGGACGGCCACUGAGUCCCCCCUCCUCCCCCCCAACCUUGGGACUCCUUUUGUCCACACUCACGUUGGUGCUUUUUUACUGCUCUAAUGGUGACACGUCCGCUGGUUUCGACUGCAUCAGAGACUGCAUUUCUUCUUCUUCUGGCGUUUUUACACUGCGCUCCUUUUCAAGGAUGUCCUUUUCUACCGUUUUCUAACGAUCACAGCCACUUCCUAGUUGUCAUUUUUUUCCACAUGUGGAUAUAUUGUUUUUGUUGUUCUUCACUUGGCUGCUUUUUUCUAUGUGUUUCACAGUUUCGUAGCAAUAUGCGCCUAGAUUUUGUACUUUUGGGAUUGAAGAAUGUUAACGCCAUAACAUUCAGGCCACCCUUUAAGAGUCAAUGCUGUGCACCGGGCCUGGCAUGUGUUUUUUUUUAUAUUACAAAAGCGUGAUUUGUUGUUUUUGUCAUUUCAUGCUAGCGUCAUUUUCAUGAAGUUCUAUUGGCUGUUGCUAGUUUUGCAUUUUUUUCAAAAUGAAGACAAUUUUCACGAACAUCGCGAUGUGACAAAAAAGCUUUAAAGAUGUUUGAAACCUGAAUAACAACUUUUCUGCCCCUCUUUCAACCACCUUGUGAAAACAGCAAAUGAAUGGAAAAUAUACAUUUGAUAACAUUUAUGGAAUGCAAAGCAUCUUUUCUGCUUAGAGAUGAAUGUUUUGUCAGGCAGCUGGGGUUGAUCUUUGGAAAAAUGUA